AUGGUGUCCUUCAGUCCCCUCCUCGCCGUUCUCCUUCUUGCUGCGGCAAGCCCUGGGUUAGCCCUCCUGCAAUCGGGUUACACCCAAACCCAGGUCAUAUACGCAAGCUCCAAAUCUGAGUUCCCCAUCACCGCAAACACCACAACCACCGCUCUGGUUGUCUUGACCUUUACGUCAACCAGCAUCUGCUAUGACAUCAGCAACGUGUUGCCAGCUGUCAACCUGACGGCUGCUCACAUUCAUGUGGGAGCAAGCAAUGUCUCAGGACCAAUAUAUGUGGGUUUAUUUACGGCCAAUGCGACGACGCCAGCUGUGCUCAGGGCAUGCGUCAUAAUCCCGACAGCGUCAGUCGAUAAGAUACUGGCAAACCCGAGCGCAUACUAUUUCAACGCGCACACAGUGGCACAGCCUGCGGGGGCGUUCAGGGGUCAGCUGGGACGCACGUUCAAGGUGAACUUGUUGGGGAGCAAUGAAGUGCCGCCGAACAACAGCACCGUCACCGGCGUCGCUUUGGUCACGAUUGGAGACACCUAUGUCUGUUACUCAGGCCUGUCGGUUAGUAACGGGUUAGGCAACCUAACCCAGGGCCACAUCCACGACGGAGAUAAGGCGUCUGCCGGGCCAAUUCUGAUCCCUCUCUUCUCUGGAGUCCCGAGCCCGACUAACUGCACCGGAAACCUCAACCCAGCAAUCACUGCCGACGUCCUUGAUUUUCCUGGCGAGCACUAUAUGAAUGUACACUCCGCCGUGUUCCCUGCCGGCGCCGCGCGCGCGCAGCUCGUGGAGGCCACUGACUACACUGCGACGCUCACUCUUUUUGCCACGUCAGCAUCCGAGGUCCCCGCUCUAGUUGUCAAUUCCACGGCCAGCGGCUCCCCUGGUAACCUCACGGCUGUUCUCAGCAUUACUCCGACGACCAUAUGCUAUCUGAUCAUAGACGCGGGUGCAACCUUCGCGAAGUUUUCUGCGGCGCACAUUCACAGGGGAGCGUAUAAUGAGUCGGGCCCUAUCCUUAUUACGUUGUUCCAGGGGACGUAUAACCCUAACGCGUGCGCCAAUUUCAGCGACUCGGGCGUGUUGUUUGAUCUAGUCAGGAACCCGCAGAAGUAUUACUUCAACAUACACAACGCAGACUAUCCCGCAGGGGUUGCCAGGGCGCAGCUCGGCCCUUCGUUUAUAAUGCAGCUCUAUGGUUCCCUCGAGACGGACAAACCCACCGACAGAAACGGCAGUCUCAUUCUCACCAUCGGCUACAGCUCGGUGUGUUACAACCAGCUGGCCUUUGGCGGGCCGUUCACUAACCUAACCCAGGGCCACAUCCACAACGGGACAUCCAGCGUGGCGGGACCGAUUCUCGUUCCGCUUUUCACGGGCGUUCCCAGACCCCCGGGCUGCACCCCGGCGCCGCCCGCGACGCUUGCCGCGAUUGUCGCAAAUCCAACCCAAUACUACGUCAACAUCCACUCCAUCAUGUACCCAGCGGGGGCGGCGAGGAACCAGCUGGCAGCAAACCAAACGGUGUUGAACGUUAUCUAA